AUGGCCAUGUGUAUCAGGGUUCAAUUUUUCCCACCCCCUGCUUGUAAUGCUUUUGUUUAUCUGGUUCCUUUUAUGACCAUGUCUGGAACAUCCAUGUCUCGUCCUCAUGUUGCUGGAGUUGUUGGUCUUCUCAAGACUCUCCAUCCUACUUGGAGCCCAGCAGCCAUUAAAUCUGCAAUAAUGACAACUACCAGGACAAGGGACAACGCUGGCCACAUCAGACCAAAUCGUGCCAUGGAUCCCGGGUUGUUGUAUGACUUAAGCUUGAAUGAUUACCUAAACUUUCUUUGUGUCUCUGGCUAUAACCAGACUCUGCUAAAGGCGUUCUCUGGUGCUCAUUAUCGUUGUCCUGAUAUAAUAAACAUCAUGGAUUUCAACUACCCUAUAAUGACAAUACCAAAACUUUAUGGGUCAGUUAGUUUGACACGAAGGGUGAAAAAUGUUGGGUCACCAGACACUUACAGAGCAAGUCUGAGAGCACCAGCAGGUCUUUCGAUCUCUGUGAAGCCAAAUGUGUUGAAAUUUGACAAGAUUGGUGAAGAGGAGAGCUAUAAGUUGACGGUGGAAGUAACAAGCCCAGCAUGUAUAUAUACCAAGUCAUUGGGAAUUCUAGUUUCGGUGCCACGCCACAUGUUGCUGCAAUAUUGUUCAAACACACACUGCGUUGGGAAUGAGAGCUGGAUUGCCAAAAGCAUUGUGAACAUGAGUCAAGGAAUUGUGCGUUAUAUGGGCAAUCAAGGUUGGGCACCAAUGAGACAGUUGAGAGACCGAACUCAAACUCUCAAGCAUCAAAGAAUGUCUUGUAGUAAAAGUCAUCUGUUGGGUCUUGGUAUGGCACGAACAGCUCAGAAAUGUACCCUUUGUAUAACACUCUACCAGACUUGUGCAAAUCGCAUAUGGAGGCCAGUGAUAUCAAAAGUCCGGCUCGUGGCGGUAUUCAGUCUUAUUAGCGGUGGGUACUGGUGUAAUAUCCCGAUCUUCAUACUGAAUGAUCGUCGUGAACUCAAUAUUGUGAGUCCACUGAUAAGCCUCACCCAGAUAUUGAGGCUGCUUUCAUUCAUGAAGCAUUCCACCCUCACAGUCCUAUUGUUCUGGGCUUCUACAAACUACCCCGAGGUGAAAGACGAGCACACCAUCUCUGAGAGGUUCAACCCUCUCUUCUUCACUGAAUCGAUGAAGGGACCGUACUUCCGUGGCAGAGCUAUGGCAUUGUUCUGUUCAUCAACGGAUAGGCUUGUGUUCGUGGAGCAAAUCAACAUUGGCCAACAAGAGCAACCACGACCAACAAGAACAUCGACAAGCAGUUUGACCAACAACGAUUUCAAUGAUGAGCUAAGACCGAUACGUUGUCAUGUUUUUGUUAGGAGGCAUGUUACUGUUGUUGGGAGGCAUGUUGCUGUUGUUGUUGGGAGACAUGUUGUUGGUUUUGCAAGAGCAUAUGGUGUUUUUGGCUACGGAUUAUGGCAAUGGCCAAGGCCUUGCGAGGGACAGUUGUGGUGUUUGGUUUGGAUUGCAUUCGGGGAUGGCAUCCUUCUCAGGAUCAUCGAGGCUAAUUGGAUGCUGAGGUGCGUCGGACACCACCGCUUGGAAGGAGAAGAGCUUGAAAGAAGAGAAAGUUUCAUGGUGGAAGCCAUGAUGAGGAUGAAGCCCUGGCUUGUUAUGCCAUCUUUGAAGCCAAUAAACUUGUUUUCAGCACUUGAUCUCAUGUGGGACAUUAAACCUGAAUCGACCAAUGCUGUUCUAGCACUUGGCCUCCCGGACCCAAUGUUAGCAUGGUUUGAGAUAUAG